AAGAUACAUCAAAAUCAGCUUUUGGGACACGCUUCUCUCCUUCAUCCUCUUCACUAUUUUGCAAGUCUGCCAUCAAGGAGACUCCCAUUGUAUUUAUCGAGUUCACUACCCCUUUAUCCUCCUUGACGUCCUUAUAAAAAAAUUCGCAUACUCAACUUCAUCGGUAUCCGUCCCUUCUUUGAACGUUAAAAAAAAGCUACCUACGUACGCCCUCAGCUAAGCCAGCUACGACCGUCUUUCACUAGCAUCCACCAUCAUGUCUCCUAGCCUCGUUGCCGAGAAUAAUAGUCAAGGGCAGAUGUUUGGAAUGUCUCAAACAUCGCCUACGAGGCGAAGUGCCAACACUUCUCAUAUCAACUGGAACAGGCUUCAAACUGCUGCAGUACCGAACACAGCUAUCCCGGAAUUACGAAGGUCACCUGCCUAUCAGUUGACAUCUAUAAGCACUCAGCCAACGCUGGUCAAUGCGUUGAAUGGAUCAUCCAACUUGAAACGAAGCGCCGCCACGCCGAUUGUCGACACCAAAGCGAAACCAUCCAAAACCACGGCUGUUCAUUCCGUUGGCCCACAGCACCCUUUUGUCAGGUACACAGAUGCUAUAUCGCAACGACUUGUACUACACCAUCCCGAUGCGGUUGAGUUUUGGGCACGCUGCCCACUAUGCCACUGUUUAAUUUGCUGCGUAGACCAGAAAACAAGUUGUUAUCGGUCAGAUGCUGUCGAGAAACAUGUCGAGGUUUUGCACGCAGAAAAGGUUUGGAUCACGUCAAGCCAGGUGAACGCCGAAUACAUGUGGGGCGCCUCCAAUCCAAUCAGCGGAGGCUUUGACCAGUUAGAUAUGUUUGUCGAUGAUGCCAAGGAAGCGCCGGACCGGAAGCCGCAAGCUACUGACAAGGAGUCAUCACCGUCCACCGACCCUGUGGAAAGAGAUGUGCUCCGUGCCCUGGCUUUAGAAGCCAAAACUCAAUUUCAAUUCUCCACCUCACAAGAUAUACAACCUUCCCAUGUUCACAAGCGGCGGCGAACCAUCGUUCCACAAUGCGUUGCUGGUUCAACGGCUCACGCUCGAACGAAAUGUACACAGACCUGUUAUUUGAAGAUGAUUGGUUGAACGUCCAUGUAAAAAUGCCUGAUAUCUCCAUGUGGAUACAUCUCAUAUACUAUGUUUUCUCGUAAUAAAUAGAUAUCAAAAGCAGGGUGCGUUAGGUUAUCGCAGC